AUAGGUGUGUCCCUGCCACGUCAGGGGCACAGCCGUUAGAGGUACCCGGACCCGGCACGACCACACAGCGCAACCAACACAAUCCACUCAUCGUUUGUUCUACCGACUGGCUGCACUCCUCCUCGUCUCACACUCCAUCCCAUCCUUUGUUUUACCGAGUAGCUCAUCAAUAAAAGACACAGUUUGAACAAUGGAAGUGGAACCAUCGCCAUCGUCGUCGUAUCCGCAUCAUUUGUCCGUGCAGGCACUGGAUCAAGCCGUGGAUUUGAUUCUGAAAAAUAAUUUUGAUGUGGAUACCAAGGCGUGCUUCAUCACCUUGAUGAAGGUGCUGGACAAUGUGAUCCAAAAGCCGUUCGAUCCCAAAGUGCGAUCGAUUCGAUUGGGGAAUCCUGCCUUUUCCAAAAAGGUCUCCUCGAGAAAGGGUGGAGUCGAGUUCUUGUUGGCGUGUGGCUUUGUUCAAGAGACUCCGCCUCCACCACUUUUGAGCAAGGAAGCUCCCGAGGCAUUCUUGUUCUUGAGGGAUGACGAUGGCGACAAUGCUACAGUCGAUCCAACCACCCUGAAAACCAAAAAGGAAGCUUACACAUCCCAUAUCAUCACGGCACGACGGCUCUUGUUGACUCGUGCCAUUCAAGAUCUUCAUCUCAAGGCAGAGGAAUUGCCCACUUACAGGCCACCACCACCUCCCGUGGCGACGCACAAUACUGCUAGCACGACGACGACAAGUGCCAACAAACGAGACGCAUCGGCCACAUUCAAUCCCUUCCAGCCACAGCGCCAUGACGCAAUGUCGGCCGCCGUGGGAGCACAACUCACACCCGAUGGAAACUACGUCUCCACCACGGAAAAACAACUCCAAAAUCUACAAAACAAACAAAAGAAAUUGGAAAGCAAACUCCACAAAGAAAUUAUGAAUCGAGAAUGGGUCGGCAGUCGACCCAAUGCCAGUGGAAAACCAACCGCCAUUAUAGCAGCAGCGAAUAGCAGUCCACCAGACGACGACAACAAGGGCAAUGGCAGUUUGAUUGCGGCACAAUUCGCCAAACAACAAGCUGCGCAGAAACAACGAGAACAGGGAGGAUUCACCACCAAGAGUAUGCGAGAAUUGGAACGACUCAAGAAACAAAAGGUAUAUUCGCACACCCAAAUUGCAUUGCAGUUCUCCGAUGGGACAAUCGUACAGGGAAAAUUCUUGCCCAAGGAAAAAAUCCAAACCGUCAUGACGGCACUCCAACAAGAUUGCUUUCUGGAACCCUCUGGCGGAACGAUGGAACUCUACGUGACGCCUCCACGCAAGACACUAGACCCAAAGGCAACCCUGGACGCCGAGGGACUCGUUCCCGCCGCCAAGGUGUUUGUCAAGUGCGCGUCGAUGCCAUCCUUGAAACCAGAAUUAUUCACCACCACUGCAGCAACAGCCUUUCCAUCGUCACAGCCCAUUGUCCACAAUGGCAAAGCAAACGAGGACAAGGGCGAGAUGAAACCUGCCGCUGCCGCCGCCAAACCAAAAUCCGCGGAGGACAAGGAAGAAGAAAUGAUGCGACGAAUGCUGGGGGGUGGUCGACGAUUGGGUGGUGGUGGUGGUGCCAAAAAUAGCAGUGAUGGGAGCAAGCCAAAGUCGGGUGGAAUGCCAAAGUGGUUCAAAAAGUAAAACGAAACAAAACAAUAUCGAGACGACCUCCUUUGCUAAUGAAGUAUUGGCUCCACAGCCAAGCAAGUAUAGCUAGCAAGUAAAGAAAGACAUCCAUAGACGAUAGACAUUCUAAUACAAUGAGGUAGAAAUAACAGUGACCAACCAACCGGUGCAAUUCCAAGAUUGCUUGCCGAAUAUUAUCGCUGGCUAGUCACAAGAGGUAGAAAGGCGGCUCUCUAGCUAGAACAAUGGAAACUUUGGCAAGUGUGCAUCACGCUGCGCUGCUGCUCGUUUGAUACCCUGAUAAGCAAGCCAACCUUGGGCAUAAUUGACGAGGAAUACCAACACUCUUGCGCCAAUCUUUUCGUACCAUUUUGCUGGUCGUUUCCCUCCCCUGCCACCGCCUUCCACGGCAUUGUCAUCCUCGUCAUCAUUGGGUAGUAUCCCAAGCAGCUCUUGUUGUGUUUCAGUUGCCUGCAUCAUAUCUGAAAGAAGUCCCUCCAAUGCUGGGACAUAAUCAAAAUCGGCAUCCCUCAAGGCCCCACCAGGUUGGCAUUGACUGGGAAUGGCCAUUUGUGCUGCUUCCCGAAACUUCAUGGUGAUUUUCGAUGCAGCUUGUGUCCAUUUUGCUUGGUAAUCCUCCUCAUCUAGAUCUUCCUCCUCGAAACUGGAUUGCUCCAAGGCUGCCUCAUACUCUUUGCCACACUGUUCUCGCAAAAAUUGCA